CCUCCGGUCACACAUGGCGUCAAGUUCAAAGGAAAUGGAGGUGGUGGUCGGCUGUGAGCAUUACACCCGGGGCUGCCAGCUGAGGGCUCCUUGUUGUUGUAAAUUCUACACUUGUCGUCUGUGCCAUGACAACCAAGAAAAUCAUAAGAUGGACCGUUUUAAAGUCACACAGGUGCAAUGCAUGAAGUGCAAUCGUGUUCAAAAGGCUCAUCAGAAUUGUGAAGGUUGUGGCAAUGUGUUUGGUGACUAUUACUGCAGUGUAUGUCAUCUGUAUGACAAGGACAAGAAGCAGUAUCACUGUGAUGGAUGUGGUAUAUGCAGGAUUGGUCCAAAGGAAGAUUUUGAACAUUGUACGAAAUGCAAUUUAUGUUUACCACUGAGCCUCAAAGGAAACCAUAAGUGUAUAGAAAAUGUAUCCAGACAAGACUGUCCUAUAUGCUUAGAGGAUAUGCACACCUCUCGGAUAGGUACACGUAUCCUACCUUGUGGACACCUCCUGCACAGUACUUGCUAUGAAGCUAUGCUAGAACAAGGGUUCAGAUGUCCGCUAUGCAUGCGCUCAGUACUGGAUAUGUCACGGCACUGGCAGUUACUUGAUGAUGAAGUAGCCCGGACACCUAUGCCCUCAGAAUAUGAAAACAUGACGGUGGAGAUUCUCUGCAAUGACUGCAGCACAAGAUCGACAGUACCAUUCCAUAUUCUGGGAUUAAAGUGCAAGAACUGCAACUCUUACAACACCACACAGGAAGGAAGAAACCCAGCAGAGCCAGGAACUUAAUGACCCACAAGAAAUUGCAGCACAGUACAGAUUAGACCAUGGAGCGCAGCCGUAGCAAAGAGUUAACCUGUUUCCACGGAUCAAGUUGUUGGGAAAACAUUUUUUUUUUCUUUGUCAAGACGUCUGUAUAAUAAAUAUUUAUCCAGAAAAA